AGGAGAACUUCAAUCUUCGCUACCACAGCAUUCUUGUUUCAGAAGAAAUCAAUGCAGCUAUCGCAUAGGGGAUAACUGGGGAAAAAAAAAAUGUCGGAUUCUGGGGGUGCCUUAGGUCACCCGCCGCCGGAUUCUCCCACACUCGAUUCAUCAGAGCAAGUCUACAUCUCUUCUUUGGCUCUCCUUAAGAUGCUCAAACACGGGAGAGCUGGUGUUCCGAUGGAAGUUAUGGGAUUGAUGUUGGGGGAAUUUGUGGAUGAGUACACUGUCCGGGUGGUCGACGUGUUUGCUAUGCCACAGAGUGGGACUGGUGUGAGUGUUGAAGCCGUGGAUCAUGUCUUCCAGACCAAUAUGCUUGACAUGCUUAAGCAAACGGGCAGGCCAGAGAUGGUUGUUGGUUGGUAUCAUUCACAUCCUGGUUUUGGCUGUUGGCUAUCAGGCGUGGACAUCAAUACUCAACAGAGUUUUGAAGCUUUGAACCAACGAGCGGUUGCCGUGGUGGUUGAUCCGAUACAAAGUGUUAAAGGGAAGGUUGUGAUUGAUGCCUUCCGUUUAAUCAGCCCACAAACGAUGAUGCUUGGACAAGAGCCGCGUCAGUCAACAUCAAACUUAGGGCAUCUAAACAAACCCUCUAUUCAAGCCUUGAUUCAUGGGCUGAAUCGGCACUAUUACUCCAUAGCAAUCAAUUACAGAAAGAACGAACUUGAAGAGAAGAUGCUACUGAAUCUUCACAAGAAGAAAUGGACAGAUGGGUUGACACUGCAGCGAUUUGAUUCCCACUCCAAAACCAAUGAGGAAACUGUCCAAGAAAUGCUAAACUUGGCAAUCAAAUAUAACAAAGCGGUGCAGGAAGAGGACGAGUUGCCUCCCGAAAAGCUGGCCAUUGCAAACGUGGGAAGACAAGACGCGAAGAAGCAUCUAGAAGAGCACGUUUCUAACUUGAUGUCUUCCAACAUCAUUCAAACUCUUGGAACCAUGCUUGACACUGUCGUCUUCUAGAAGUUCUAUGCGUCUUCUAGAAGCUCUAUGCUUUACCCUUGUCUGCAGAGAGCACAUACGUUUGGUUAUUUUCUCUUUUAUACUAACAUUUUUCCAUUUUCCAUGUUUGCGUGCACCCUUAUAUGCGCUCUUCGGUUUAAUUUAAGUGGUUUGUUGCGGUUUAAGAUAUUUGGUUGAGAUUAUUUUUUAUUCAAUUUAUUUAGGAAUUUAAAAAUAAAAAUUAUUCACUCCGUAUUUAAAAGUUACAUAAAUAAUUCUACGAGUCAAGG